AUGUCCGUUCCCCAACAGUAUCGUUUCGAGCAACACGGCAGUCAGGUACUUCAUGUCAGAGGAGACAGUGAUUCAGAUCUGGAAGCUCUUUUUAGCGUUCUACACAAUAAAGACACCGCGAAAUCAACAACCAGUUCCUACAAAAACAGGAAACUUCCGGCAUCAUUCUUUCGGCCUCCGGAGCCGAGAAAUAAUUUCCAACAAUUUCCUCUUCUACAGCAACAGGAUCAAUCUCCAGUUGGCAGUAAUCCGAACUGUCGAUCAUUUUACGGAUGUUUAGUUGGAUCGCACGGCCGAUCUAUAUCGUCCCCGGCUCAACUGCCCAACAACUCCAUCAUCCAAAUGCACCAACAGUGCCAAUUAGCGAACAAAGUGGAAGGAAUUCCCCAACUUGUUAUGGACGACUUUACGACGACAACAUGGAACAAAAACCAAAGAUUCUAUAUCGGAGAUUAUUUAACCUUAAUCACAAUUGCAAUUCUCUCUGCUGCUUAUCUUAAUAUAAAACAACAUUUUCAACAGCUGCAGCAACAAUAUUUCUUGCAACAACAACAACAAUUACACCAAUGCCAACAACAACAACAAAAUUCGUUUGAUUACUUCACAUCCUCAUGUUCCUCUCAGUCUCAUCAACAUUUUGACUAUUUACUACAUCAGCAAAAACCGCAUCAGCUACAGCAACAGCCGCAAGAUUUUUGCUGGGAGAAUAAUCAACCACAUCAACAGAAAAAACAACUGUCUUGCAACAUCCAACAACAACAACUAAAACAGUAUCAGCAUCAGCAGCUUUUAAGACCGCAACAUCUCCAUAACCAGCUAAAACAUCAGCAACUUCAAUUGCAGCAACAACACAUUUACACCAAUCAACAAAUGCAGUUCGAUCCGUGUGCUCAACAACAACAACAACAACAACAACAACAACAACAACAACAUCAACAAACUACGACUAGCGUUAGCGACAUGCAUGUCAGGCAAAGCAGCGCUGACAGUGGAUUGGGAGGUAUGGGUACGGCUUAUAGUUUGCCAAGAAGCCCUGAGGAAUAUCUUAGCAAUCUCGACGAAGUUGAUGCAAUAGAUGAAGACGCCGAAAACAACGACAUCGUUACUACGGAUGCAACACCUUUCGAAAAUUGUGUUUACAUGUCAGCAGAUGCUGCAAUGAGGGCGGAAGAUGAGGAUUCUAUAUAA